GACAGGUAGCCAAUGGGAUUGCGUCCUCGCGCGAGCCCGCACGCGAGCCGCGCGCCCUAUAAAUAGACCCCCAGGUGGGGCCGCAGCGGCGGACCGCGUGCCAGAGCUGCGAGGCGACACGAGCCACUUGGGACGCACGUCACCGGCAAACUGCUCCGCGGGGUGAAAGCGGGACGAGCUGCACCGGACGGACUUGGGUUUUUUCCUUUUUUUCUUUUUUUUUGCGAUACUGUUUCUAUCUAAACCAUUAGCUCGGACGAGUCUUUGCUUGUGAAGAUGCCAGCCGGUACUUUGGAGAGAACGUCUCUCACCGCCGCUGCGGCCACACCGGCGGCCGGGAAGCCUCGCGCCCUGACAGAGCACAGGAAGUCUUCCAAACCGAUCAUGGAAAAGCGGAGACGUGCGCGCAUCAACGAGAGUCUGGGCCAGCUGAAGACUCUCAUCCUGGACGCACUCAAGAAGGAUAGCUCCAGACAUUCCAAACUGGAGAAGGCCGAUAUCCUUGAGAUGACUGUGAAGCACCUCAGGAACUUGCAGCGACACAGGAUGACUGCUGCGGUGAACACAGACCCGUCCGUCCUGGGUAAAUACGGAGCCGGGUUCAGCGAGUGUGUCGGAGAGGUCACCCGCUUCCUUUCCACGUGUGACGGGAUGAAUACGGAGGUGAGGACUCGUCUCCUUGGCCACCUGGCGUCCUGCAUCACCCAAAUCAACGCUGUGAACCUCUGCACGCCUCACCCAGUUGCCCCGGGACCGGCACAGACCGGUGCACAGAUCACAGCCGCCUCGGCUCCACUGACGCCUUCCAAAAGCGUCUCGUCAAUGCACGCUUCCCCAGAAGCGAUAAAGCUGUACGGUGGCUUCCAGGUGGUGCCGACAAGGGAUGGACAGUUUGCUUUUCUUGUUCCCGGCACAGCGCUCCUGCCUCAAAACAGUCAUGCCGUGUCACCUGUUGCACCCCGGGUCACCCUGGACCCUGUGUGGAGACCCUGGUAGGAAUUCAGCUCGACUGGGUUUUUUGGAGGAAAAAGGACUAUCACGCAAUAAAGCAUAUUAUUGUACAUUUUAUAAAUGAUUUUGAAACCUACUUGAGAGGGAUGUUUACACACACACAUUUGUGUUUUUUUAAACGGACAUCAGGAAAUAUUCCUGGCAUCUUGAUUGCUGUGACUUUCUUUGUUUUUGAUACAAAAUCCCCGAAAAGCACUGUAUUUUUUUUAGAUUAAUAAAGAUAUUUCUAUG